CACAGCCCCAGCAACCCAGCUCUACUUUGUUCGUGCGCUCGUUGAAGGGGAGUCGCGUAAAAAAAACGACUUCUGUCCUACAUGUUUUGAAUUCAAUGAACCGUGUUUUGUAUAAUGUCCGAGAAUGUCAAUUUCUGGAACUCUGAGCAACUAUUAUGUGGACUCUAUAAUAAGUCACGAGAGCGAAGAUCCGACUUCAGCCAGGUUUUCCAAUGUACAGUAUUCAAACUCCAGGCAACCGGGGGGACAUGGUGAGCAUCCCGAAUUUCCCUCUUGUAGCUUCCAGCCUAAACCUCCAGUUUUUAGCUCGUCCUGGAGCCCUUUCAGCCCCCAUGCCUCCAAUGGCUUACCAGCGGUUUACCAUCCAUACAUCCCGACUCAGCCCGUGCCUUCCACCGACACCCGAUACAUACGCACUUGGCUCGACUGCGCUCCGCGCUCGGAGUCCCUCCCCGGGCAGGGACAGGUCAAGAUGGAGCCGCUACUGGGACACCUCGGGGAACCCCCCAAAAUCGGUGGACACGAGUACAUUUUGGAAUCCUCUUCGGCAAGAGAGAUGAAUUCCAGCCAGGGCUCCGGAUUCGAGGACAAUAAGGAUAUUUGUGAAGUUAGCGAAGACAAAGACGGGCCAGAUCAAAAUGACCCCUCUGCCAACUGGUUGCAUGCCCGGUCUUCCAGGAAGAAGCGGUGCCCUUACACGAAAUACCAAACCCUCGAGCUCGAGAAAGAGUUCCUCUUCAACAUGUACCUCACCCGGGACAGAAGGCAUGAGGUAGCACGCUCGCUGAACUUGACCGAGAGACAAGUCAAAAUAUGGUUCCAAAACCGACGGAUGAAAAUGAAGAAAAUGAAUAAGGACCAACCCAAGGAUUAAGAAAAUAAGGGAGUUAUAUUAAAAACACCACCAUCACAAAGAGUCAUACAUGGACUGUCAUGGGUAAAGUGGGGGUGCAGGAAGCUUGUUUUUAUUAUUUUCCAUAUCGAUGUGAAAAACACCCUCUGAUAUUAUAGAAGCGCAGACCAGUAGAGAAAACUCUUAUGGUCCUUUGUAGCUGAGUUGGUAUAGCAUGGCGCUUGUGACGCCAGGGAAGUGGGUUUGUUUCCCGGGACCACCCCUUACAUAAAAUGGAUGCACGCAUGACUGUAAGUGCUUUGGAUAAAAGCGUCUGCUAAAUAGCAUAUAUUACAUUAUAUAGUAGAAAGGAGGGUGGAUUCACGCGGCUCUUUCUCAAGCACUACUUUUAUCACUUAUUUAUUGCUUUACGCAUGACACCAACGCUUCAUCAGGAGAGGCAUGGAAGUGCUGAAACGUCGGUUCCGUGUGGUCAUUAAUACAUAAGAGAAACGGUUGUAGUUAAAGGGAGUGUGCGACCUGCAUUUAUUCUUAUCUUUUAGUUUUUUCGCUCCAUUCCUCUCUUCAGCUCCAUAGAUGCGCCGGACAUAACUGGUCUUUCACGAAAAAUACAUUAUUGUAUUAUUCGAGCAGCAGUUCCCCCAGCUCAGUCGCCCGAAUUAUGUUAUAUUGUAAAUCGAUUAAUAAGCUAGUGUAAAGGGGUUGGCCUAGUAUUAUUAUUAUUAUUAUUAUUAUUAUUAGUGUAUUAUUUAUAAUUCCUUGUAGAGUCACAUCCCCCAGAGCCCCUUUGACUGGCUCGUAUUUAGUAAAAUAUCAGGGUUCCAUGUAUUUGUUGUAAUCCCUUUAAAUACUAACUCAACAGGUAUGUGCACACUCUUAUAUGUAUCUCUUUUUUCUACAUGUGCAUCAUUUUACCUUCAAGUUCCUUGUGCGUAAAAGUGCGUAAUAACCUAAUAAGGGUUUCAUAUGGAAAGGUCUAUGGCAUAGCUCUCCAACCCUGUUCAUGGAGAGGUACUCUCCUGUAGGUUUUCACUACAACUCCAGUUGUAACUAACCUGAUUCAGCUUAUCAACCAGCUAAAUAUUAGAAUCGGGUACGGUAGAUGAGGGUUGGAGUGAAAAGCUACAGGACAGUAGCUCUCCAGGAACAGGGUUGGAAAACCCUGGUCUAUGGGGUAUUUAUCCUUUAACAUUUCCUUGCGGCCAAUGUUACUAUUUCGUUGUGUAAUUGCUAAAAACAUAACUUAAAGAGUUUAAGCCGCUACUGAGAGUAAAUAUUUUAGACUACUUUGAUGUGGAAAUUAAUCAGGAAUACGUGUUUUCGGGUAGAUAGCGCGACAUGGUAUAUUUCCUCGAAGCAUAAUAUGCAACAUGCUAGUUCACAUUCAAUAUGGAACCUUGUUCGUGAUUGGGAUUAAGCCUAGUUUUAUAUAGUUCGGUCUGCCAAUAUAAGGUCAGCAGACCCAUUGGCCUGUAGCCAACUUGCAUUCAUCUAAUGACUGUGCAUUCUAACAGUGGAACGUUUUUAAACAUUUACGUGGAAAUGAAAGGGCCUUCAAUAACCCGGCCGUUUACACUCUCUCUCGUUUUGAUAUAUGCCAUAAAAAGAUUUACUCAUAUGCGCUUAAAUACAGGAUAUAACAUCCGUCGAAGAAAAACAAGCCUACAUUGUCUAAGAAUAAAAAUGUUUACAUUGUUAGCGCAUGCCUAAUAUCAUAAUGAAAUGUAAUUUAUUUCUUUACGUUUGUGUGUUUUGAAAAUGAAAUCUAUUUGAAGAAAAACAGUUUUUGGAUGGUAAUAUUUCUAAUUGAUUGUAAAUAGACCUAGGUGAAUAACCUCGAUUGUUUUAAUUGGAAUGAGUUGCAUAUGUUAAAAAUUGGUGUUUUGGGAAAUGACAUCGGAGUUGAAUGAGCAGAAGUCAUUUUUCCAGUUUUAGAUAUUGUUUACAUGUUCUUGUCCAGAAUGUAUUGAGCGUUAAUUGAUUUAACCGUGUUGUCGAUACAAUAAGGAAUGAUGUAAUUAUUUGGUGUACAUGUAUGUUUGUUUGUUUGUUUGUGGGAGUACAUACAAACAUCCUGGGAAACUCUUAUGAUGCAUUUUCAGUGAGAUAUGAAAUGGGUGGCGUUUCUGGAGUCGCGCGCAUGGCUGUCCUUCAUUCUGAAUAUUAAGGAGCAUUAGACCCUAUUGUCUCUCCAUGCGCUCGAGCCUCGCAGCUUUCAUUAUAGAGGCCUUCAGGUCAUCUCAGUUGGACUCUUCAUUUUUAAUAACAACAACGCUGUAAGCACCGGCUCCAGAAACUACUAACCCCCUCUCAGUCUUUUUUUUAUAUCACAUUAACCUCUUGUGUCUCUCAUGUAAAUUGUAUUCAGUCCUGUGUUGUUUAUCUGUGAGAUAGCACUGCUGAUGUUGGAUUCGUAUUAAAAAAUAGUUUACAUUAGAACAAUGUCUCGGCACUUUUUUUUACUGCUAUUGAUAACUUAAUGGAAUUGAUAUGAGAUUAAAAUGAAAAUAAAGCAAUUGUAUUUAUGAUAGACAAUUCAUUUUAGACAGUGAGAAGGUCUCGAGAGUGCGCAAAAUAGGGCGCAUAAUCGCCUUCUCUGCGUGUGAGUGAGAACAAAACAAGUUUGAGCCUUUUCAUAUUUCCAAAUUCAUUUCAUCUUUUAGGAGGAGCAUGUGUUCAAAAUAUGUCUCGUUCGCCGGAGCAUUUGUCUUGAAUUGUACUUGAGGGAAAGGAGUCACUUUGGCCAAGUGUACACAUGGUUCCCUGAAGAAGAUAGCCCUAGACCCUAGCAUCCAUUAAGAUGACCCUAUGGCAAUGUUUAUCUUGAAGUCUUCAUCUCAUACGUUUAUGAAAAUUAAAAGUUUUGGUUAUGUGUAUUUAAAACGUGCCACUCUGGGUAGAACCCGAGAAGGGGUUAGGGAAGGACGUGGAAUGAAACAAAUCGGCUGUGCUGUAUUGUGCGUGGAAAAUACUAAUCAUGAGGCCUGUGACACAUGACUAGUGAGGUAGGUUAUGAUUCUAAGGCCCAUGUUCCCUUUUUUCCAAAGAUGAACGCAAAGAAAACUGUAUGAUUUUUGAAUGCGUCUUUCCAAAAAAUGGCAUGCCCAGCAAAUGCCCAACCCUUUGCAUAACGAGUCCAUGCAUUAUAUUGAACUAAAAAGCAGUCUAUUCAUGAACUUGGAUUAAAUAGUUUUAUAGAUAUUGCGCAUAUUUUGGUACAAUGUGGUGCAUAAUGGUACAAUUCAUACCCUAUAACCUUCUGUAACAUCCUAUAAUAA